ACGAAAAAGGGCGUCGUCGUAAAUUGUGAUGCUUUGUUUGCCGGGAGGAGUGUCGUAAACCAUUAAGAGGGUCAUUUCGGAGCUGCGAUUUUGUUAGGCGCCGGUGUGAGAGGAGGAGGGGGCGAUGGACGAAGACAUCUUGACCACCCUCAAGAUCUUAAUCAUUGGCGAAAGCGGCGUCGGCAAGUCGAGCUUACUGUUACGGUUCACAGAUGAUACCUUUGACCCAGAACUUGCUGCAACAAUUGGUGUUGACUUCAAAGUGAAAACAAUUGCUGUUGAUGGAAAUAAAGCAAAACUUGCCAUAUGGGAUACUGCUGGACAGGAGCGGUUCAGGACCUUGACUCCUAGCUAUUAUCGUGGCGCACAAGGUGUUAUCCUGGUGUAUGAUGUGACCAGAAGAGAGACCUUUAUAAGACUAGAAAAUUGGUUGAAUGAAUUGGAGACAUAUUGCACAAGGAAUGAUAUUGUGAAAAUGUUAGUUGGAAACAAAAUUGAUAAAGACAAUCGUGAAGUGGACCGGAAUGAAGGGCUGAAGUUUGCAAGGAAACAUUCCAUGUUAUUCAUAGAGUCAAGUGCAAAGACGCGUGAUGGUGUGCAGUGUGCAUUUGAAGAACUCGUUGAAAAGAUUAUUCAGACACCCGGAUUGUGGGAGAGUGAAAGUCAAAAUAGUAAACUUAGGUUAUCGGACUCAUCUGAUGCUAAUAGUGGAGGUUCUUGUGGUGGAUAUUGUUCAGUACUGUAAGACUCUUGAUGCAGUUGCUUUAAGCCAAUUUUAAAUAAUUGGUGAAUCAUUUGUAUAAACUCUAGAGUUGACAUUGCAGUUUGCACAAUUUGUUCAUGUUGUAUAAAACUGUCCCUGUAAUUCCUCAAGGCUAAGUCAGUUGUAGCCAUACAGAUCUUUGAAAUCCAUAGUUAGAGUUCAGAAACACAUCUCUUGUAAUGUCAAAUCUCCUUGUAAUUUGAAAAUAACAUUUAAAAAUUCUAAUCAUUGAGAGUUACAGUUCAUGUGUGUGUGUUUAUACUGGCCAGCUUCAUCUAGAAACUGACUAUUCACUGCAGACUCAAAAUAAUUCUUCUUGUAUUUUCACACUUCAUUGCUGAACCACAUUGCUGUAUUUCCCUUACCCCAGCCUCAAAUAUUUAAUAUGGUUUGCAAAUUUUGGUAUGUUUUAAGAUAACUAUAUUUCCAUUGCUGUUAAUCUAGCUGACUAAGCAUAACUGCACGAGAGUAAAUUUGUAUCAGAUGUUAAAGUAUCAGCGUUUCUUCAUAAACUACUGUUUCACAUUGUUCUGGUAAAAUCUUGCUGAGUUUUUUUCACAGCAUCAGUAUUUUUUAGCUGUCAUUUCCACAGUUGUGUUAAACA